AGUAUCCAUUGAUCGAGUUACAGGUGAGUGCUGUCUAAUCAAUCUAACCUUAAUGCUACCUAAGUAAAUUGAUGCCAACGCGAAAUUAUCUUCUCUUGAAAAUAGAAUCCUGUAAAUAUAAUGUAAAUCUCUAUAAAAAUGAAUUUCCCCUAAAAUGGUUUGCCAAAGUCUUGUGUUUAGCCAAUUUAACACCUUGUACACUGAUGAUUUGAUACUUUUAUUGUUGUUAUUCAACAAUGUUGUGUCUCUACGUGUUUAGUUUUAUGAGUUUCAUUAUUGAUAACACAGUAUAUCUGAAACAGAAGGUGGGAAAUAAAAGAAAUUGUGAAAGUGUAAAUAGAUCAGAAAAAAGGAGAAAGUUUAAGGUGUGCAUGCCUAGAAGAGACUAUCUGAUAACUUUUAUUUUUAUAUAUUUUUAAUUAUUUUAUGAAGAAAUGGAAAGAGGUUGGGAUGUCUGAGGGAGAGCAAGGAAUAACCAGACAUUUUAUAUUAGAUGUUACUUUAUCUGGGCAAGAUCGCUGUGUAACAUUAUCUGACCUUACAAAGAUGGCCAAAUUCCUGACUGUAUGAUGGCCAGACAUUCCUCAUUGACAAGACUUAGGAGAGAAGAAGAGAGAGCAUGCACCUUUAGGGCUGCUGGUAUUUUAUGUAGAUGUCUGGCAUUUCAAAUAUAAUAAAGUUUUUUAAUAUUUAUUUUUAAUUAUUAACAUUUCUAAAAAUAUAUAAUUUAGCAAAAAAUAAAAUAUGUAAUGUUGAAUGUUUAUUCAUGUUGUUUGCGAAAGGACCCACAGAGGAAUCGCCUGGCUCAAUGGAAAGAUGUCGUCCCCAACAGUGGCAUUGUGGACCUCUCAUUUCAGCUGUCUCCUGAGCCUGCCCUGGGAACUUAUAACAUCAAAACUGAUUUAAUAAACCACGUCUUCACUGUAGAGGAGUAUGGCAAGUGGAAAAAAAUAAAUAGAAUUAUCCAGAUUAUAAAUCCACAGAUGGAAAGAAAGGAGUGCUUUCAUUAAAUUAUUAUGUUUUUGCUAUUACAAUAAAAGCAGCACUAUAAAAAAGAGAAAGUGAGAGAUUCACAAAAUCUAUAUUGCUCUAUCAUGUGGAUGCAUAUAUUUGUAUAUAAUUUGAUGUAAAAUGUGAUUUAAAAUCUGAUGUGUUGCAAAAUAUUUAACUUCUGUAGAUAAUUUGAACUACUUGACUGUUGCUGCAUCUCCUAGUCUUCCUCUUUCUCCAUUCUAUUGCAUGAUGACCAGUUCUUUACAGCCCAUACCAUAUUCUCCAACACUUUCUUUUGUACCCUCCUACACACUCAUCCAUUAUCUGUAAUUCACUACAAUUCACCCAUCAUCUAACUUGUUUUUUUCUUCAGAGUUCUUUCUUUACAUGAUCUCAACUUUCAGUAUAACAUGUAACAACUAACCCUGCAGUUGCAUAUUGUCUUCUUCUAUCUUCAGUGCUUCCUAAAUUUGAAGUGAGUCUUCAAGCUCCACCAUCCAUCACAGUUCUUGACUCAAAUAUGACAGUGACAACAUGUGCCAGGUGAGACAUCUGUGCCAGGUAUUAGUGCACCCAGGAUACUCUGGGAAGUACUAAAAGCAAAUUUGUGGUAACACAGAAAGAACAGGUAUGAUUUACAGAGUGAGCUGAUUGCCACAGGUUUAAAUGUUUCUCAGAUGGUAUAAUUAGGGAAUUGUUAAGGAACAGUCCAAGUGUAAUUUCCCAAUGUGUAUAUCAGGUAUACAUUUGGACAACCAGUUCCAGGCACUGUGACUUUCAAAAUAUGCCAAAAGUGUUGGGGGUCCUAUUGGAGGAGGUGGGUACCUUCCAGUCAAGAUGGAGAAAAUAAAGAGGGAGAAAAUGAUGUUUGUCAUCUUCAUACAGCCAAGGUGAGAGAUGGGAACAGAGUUGUAAGUUGGGAUUGUUGUUUAAGAGAAGUAACAAAAUAAUUGAAAGUGAGUAAAAAUGAACUUAAUACAAGAGAGGAUGUCUAACAGAGCAGAAUAGACAAAAAAAAGUGAAAAGUGCUAUUGUACAAUGUAGGUCAAGAUGGUUGUUCAAACAUCGAGCAUAGUUUGAAGGGAAUAUAAUCUUAAAUUAGAAGAAGAGAAAGUAAUGGCUGACUUCCAGUUUAUAUUUCAGUAAGAAAAGAAACAUUCCAGUAGACAUGGUAGGCGUUAAUAUGAUCUAAGAGAAGACUGGAAUAGACACAUUUCAAUCCUGAGCAAGAAUCCAAAUCUACAGUAAAACUUGAGUUUGUAUCAGGAAUGGACAGUUUUAACACUAUUUAAUAUAUAAUUUAAAAUAGUUAUGAUCUAGUGUCUUCCUCUGCACACAUAGUUAUAGCAUUACACAGAUUUUUAGGAGACACGUUAUAUCACAUGCACGGUAUGUCUUUAAUUCUUCAUCUAAUCAAGACUAGGAGAUUUAGGACAGACUUUUAGAGACUGAAGUAGCAACUUUUUUACCCCACACAAUGUUUUGAAGGAUGAGCUUUCUCCUCUCUUUAGAAUGACCAUUCUGGAUGCCUGAAAUCCACCGUGGACCUCUCCAAAUUCCAGAUACGGAAUUCAAAUUAUGACAGAAAGCUGGUGGUGGAGGCUUUUCUGGAGGAAGAAGGAACAGGUGAGAAAAGGGUGAAUUUAGAAGUUAGGAAAGCAGGGAAAAUUGAUGAAUAAAUAAAUAAAUAGUCAAAACAAAUCAUCAAGGUAUGUAACUACCCCCAAAGGGUGCAUGGGCUCUGGUUCAAACCAAAGCAGCGGAAAAAUCUUCCUUUCACUGAAUAGGUAAAUAAAUAUAGUGUCUAUCUGUUAGAAAUAGAAGAUUGAAUGGCAUGAAGUUUCUUGGAGAUCUAAAAAGAAACAUAAAUGUCGAGUGAAGAGGAGAAUGGCAGAUUGGGGAAGAAACAAUGUCUGGUGAAAUUGAGGCAAAUUGAUGUAUUAUGUGACAAAAUUUACAGUGGAAGACAAAAGACAAAAGAGGAUUACUAAUCCAUUAAUUAAAGUUCAAUUUUAUGGUCAAUGAUUAGUUCUGCAUCAAAGGUAAAUGGUGCAUAACACAUCAUCUAGAUUUACACAAGACAAACAUAAACUUUCUAAUUUACUGAACUCUGAUUAACAUUUGCUUUGCAAAUAACAAUAACUUCUGAACACAUAUAUGGGGAAACUGUAUAGUAUAAUAUAGAGGCAAGAAACUAAUGUAACAUUUCCUAAUGUGACCCACAGGAAUAACAAUAAAUGCCACGUCUCAUCAAUGUGAUGUUUCCUCCCAACUCACCAAGAUUUCUUUCAAAGACUCAAAGUCCUAUUUUCAGCCAGGUGCACCCUACAGAGGAAAGGUG